AUGAGAGAAACUUCAAAGGAAAACAUGUCUCAAGUUGGGUUGUUAAUAUUACUAGUUUAUAGCUUGUUAUUUGCAAUAAUAUCUGUAAAGGGCAAUAAUGUUUUAGCUAUUGAAUGCUUAGCUUCUGAUCAUGAAGCUCUACUAGACUUUAAAAAUGGCCUUAAGGAUUCUCGCAACCGUCUCUCGUCAUGGAGAAGCAGCGACUGUUGUCAAUGGCACGGAAUAUAUUGCGAUAACAUUACAGGUGCGGUUGUUGCAAUCGAUCUCCGUAACCCGCAUCCAGUGUCAUUUGAUGAUCCUCCUAGAAAGUAUGAAAUGUGGAACCUAAGUGGUGAGCUAAGACCAUCUUUGCUGAAACUCAAGUCACUAAGACAUUUAGACUUGAGCUUCAACACAUUCAAGAGAAUACCAAUUCCUAAGUUUUUAGGAUCAUUGGUGAAUUUGCAAUAUCUGAACCUGUCGAAUGCUGGCUUUGCUGGUUUAAUUCCACCCCAUUUGGGAAAUCUUUCUCACCUGCAAUAUCUUGAUCUCAAUUCCUUUAGCUUGCAUGUUGAAAAUCUACAAUGGUUGACUGACCUUGUCUCUUUGAAACAUCUUGCCAUGGAUGGAGUUGACCUUUCAUCGGUAGCGAGAACAGAUUGGGUUAGUACAAUAAACCAGCUACCUUCUUUAAUGAAUUUGCAUCUAUCUUUCUGCCAACUUUUUGGUCAUAUUUCAACUCCUUCAUCUCUCAAUUUUACUUCACUUGCUGUUUUAGAUCUUAGUUCAAAUAAAUUUGUUUCAAAGAUACCUGAUUGGCUUGUUAAUAUUAGUACCAUACAACAUAUUGACAUAAGCACUAAUGCUUUGUAUGGGAAAAUACCACUUGGUUUAAGAAACUUGCCAAAGCUAAAUUAUUUGAAUUUAGCAGAGAACGACAAUCUCACAGCAAGGUGUUCUCAACUCUUCAUGAAAGGGUGGGGAAAGAUACAAAAGCUUGAUUUGUCGAUUAAUAAAUUACAUGGGAGACUUCCUUCAUCCAUUGGAAACUUGACUUCACUCACUUACCUUGACCUCAGUCAUAAUGCAAUUGAAGGCGGUAUUCCUAGUUCCAUUGGUAAACUCUGCAGGUUGAAAUUUUUUGAUUUAUCAGAAAAUAAUAUGACAGGAACUCUACCUGAGUUUCGUCGAGGAAUAGAUGAAUGUCCUUCUAGAAAACCUCUUCCUAAAUUGGCGUAUUUUAUCAUGAACAACAACCAGCUUCAUGGUAAAAUCCCAGAUUGGUUAGUUCAGCUAGAUAAUCUAGUUGCUAUCAGUCUUGCAAAUAAUUUGCUUGAAGGUCCUAUUCCUAUAUCCAUAGGGUUGCUGCAAAAUCUCGCAUUCUUGAUACUUAGAGGGAAUAAAUUGAAUGGUACUCUACCGGAUAGUUUAGGAAAACUUUCUAAGUUGUCAAACUUAGAUGUUUCUUUUAAUCAGUUGACAGGCAUGGUAACUGAAUACCAUUUUUUAAUGCUGAUAAAAUUGGAGAUGGUAGCGUUGUCUUCCAAUUCUUUAACUCUGAAUGUCAGUGACAAUUGGAUACCACCAUUCCAAAUAUCGUUUCUUCUUAUGGGUUCAUGUGUUUUGGGGCCUACUUUUCCACCUUGGCUUAAAACUCAAAAUAAGCUCCAUCAUUUAGACUUUUCAAAUGCUGGCAUUUUUGGUUUUAUACCAAUAUGGUUUUGGGAUAUUUCGUCCCGCUUGAGAGUUUUAAACAUGUCACAUAACGAGUUACAGGGUUGGCUUCCUAAUCCAAUACAUGCGGGAUAUUCUUCUCAUGCAAUUGAUCUAAGCUUUAAUCUUCUUGAAGGAUCGAUACCUGUUAUAACUUCUGGAGUCAACCUGCUAGAUCUCUCACACAAUCGCUUUUCUGGUGAAAUCCCAUUAAACAUAUGUCAACCCAUGCAUUAUCUGCAAUUUUUAUCUCUAUCCCAUAAUCAACUCCAUGGAGAAAUACCGUUGUCUUUUGGAGAAAUGUCGGGUGUUACUGUCAUUGAUCUUUCAUGCAACAACUUAACUGGAAGGAUCCCUCCAAGCCUCGCAAAUUGUUCUUUUCUAUUUGUACUGGACCUUGGGAAUAAUAGUCUAUUCGGGACAAUUCCAAAUUCUUUGGGUCAGUUACCACUACUCAAAUCACUACACCUUAAUGACAAUCACUUUUCAGGGGACUUGCCAUCAUCUUUAAGAAAUCUGUCAAUGUUAGAAACAAUGGAUCUUGGAAACAACAGAUUGUCAGGUAUUAUCCCUACAUGGUUUGGCAAAGGUUUUCCGUUUCUAAGAAUUCUUAUUUUGAGGUCUAAUGCAUUUUCUGGUGAAUUGCCGUCUAAACUUUCAAAACUAGGCUCAUUGCAAGUCCUUGACCUUUCCAAAAAUGACUUGAGUGGAAGCAUUCCAACAAGCUUGGGUGAUCUGAAAACUAUCGCCCAUGCGCCAAAGAAAAAUAGAUACAUAUUGUAUGGAGGUUAUACAGAUCACUACUAUGAAGAAAGUUUGAAUGUGUAUGUAAAAGACCAAAGACUGAAGUAUACUAAGACUCUUUCCCUUGUUACUAGCAUAGACCUUUCUGAUAAUAACUUCAGUGGAAAUAUUCCCAAUGAAAUUACAAAACUAUUUGGUUUGAUGGUUCUCAACUUGUCAAGAAACUAUAUAACCGGCCAAAUUCCUGAAACAAUGUCAAAUCUGCAUCAACUACAAUCUCUUGAUCUCUCGAGCAAUCAACUUUCUGGUACAAUCCCCUUAAGUUUUCCUUCCUUGACAUUUUUAGGGGCGCUAAACUUUUCCAACAACAACCUCUUGGGUGCCAUUCCUUACACAGGUCAAAUGACAACCUUUGAUGCAUCAUCUUUUACCGGGAAUCCGAGUCUUUGUGGUCCUCCACUUCCUGUGAGGUGCUCAGGUCAUGACGAUCGUAGUCAUGAGUCUGGAAGUGGACAAAGUAAUAAUAUGGAACAUGAUGAUGAAUUGUUUGAUAACUGGUUUUUAUUUAGUAUUGGUUUGGGGUUUGCUACAGGCAUUUUGGUUCCUUAUUUUAUUUUAGUAAUGAAGAGAUCGUGGAGCAACGACUAUUUUUACUUUCUGGAUCAAGUUAUUGACAAAUUAUUAUCGAGGCCCCCACACCGAUGAGGAAUAAAUCAUGGCCAAAG